GGGGACUUUGCGAUUUCUUUGUGCUCUCGCCAACUCCAUAAACUCUAUCUCCAUCGCCUCCAUUCUCCCUUCCGUCACCAAUAAUCUCAUCCCUUCCUAAUUUGAGUUGAUUCAUUGUGAUUUCACGAUGGGAACCAACGCGAAUCUCGAGGCGUCGAUAGAUCGGCUUCUGAACGAAGAGAAGCAGAUGAGACUCGCGGAGAACGUCGCCGGGACAAGGAAAGCCGCGACUGAGAUUCUCCAGCUUUGUUUCGAAGCCAAGGAUUGGAAGCUUCUCAACGAGCAGAUUCUCAAUCUCUCCAAGAAACGUGGUCAGCUUAAACAGGCUGUGCAAUCGAUGGUGCAGCAAGCUAUGGAGUAUAUUGAUCAGACUCCAGAUAUUGAAACUAGGAUUGAACUUAUUAAGACGUUGAACAAUGUGUCUGCUGGAAAGAUAUAUGUUGAAAUUGAGAGAGCUCGUCUGACAAGGAAGCUUGCUAAGAUUAAGGAGGAGCAGGGUCAGAUUGCUGAGGCUGCAGAUCUUAUGCAAGAAGUUGCUGUGGAGACAUUUGGCGCUAUGGCUAAAACUGAGAAAAUUGCAUUUAUCCUUGAACAAGUUCGUUUGUGCUUGGAUCGUCAAGAUUAUGUUCGUGCACAAAUCUUAUCUAGGAAGAUUAAUCCUAGAGUUUUUGAUGCUGAUACCAAAAAGGAUAAGAAGAAACCUAAGGAAGGUGAGAAUAUUGUGGAGGAGGCUCCUGCUGAUAUACCAACUUUGUUGGAGCUCAAGAGAAUUUACUAUGAGUUAAUGAUUAGGUAUUAUUCUCAUAACAAUGAAUACCUUGAAAUCUGCCGUAGCUACAAGGCAAUAUAUGACAUCCCUUCUGUAAAAGAAACUCCAGAGCAGUGGAUUCCAGUGUUGAGGAAGAUCUGCUGGUUCUUGGUCUUGGCACCUCAUGAUCCAAUGCAAUCAAGCUUGCUCAAUGCGACUUUGGAAGAUAAGAACCUAUCAGAAAUUCCUGAUUUCAAGAUGCUUCUAAAACAGGUAGUGACAAUGGAGGUUAUCCAAUGGACAGCUCUGUGGAACAAAUACAAGGGUGAGUUUGAGAACGAAAAAAGCAUGGUUGGUGGCUCUUUGGGUGACAAAGCUGGUGAAGAUCUGAAGCUGAGAAUCAUUGAACACAAUAUUCUCGUGGUCUCAAAGUACUACUCGAGAAUAACCUUAAAGAGACUUGCAGAGCUUUUAUGCCUAAGCAUUGAGGAGGCAGAGAAGCAUCUCUCAGAGAUGGUAGUGUCGAAAGCACUGAUUGCCAAAAUAGACAGACCAUCAGGAAUCGUGUGCUUCCAGAUCGCAAAGGACAGCAACGAGAUUCUCAACUCGUGGGCAGUGAAUUUGGAGAAGCUCUUGGAUCUUGUUGAAAAGAGUUGCCAUCAGAUUCACAAGGAAACUAUGGUUCACAAAGCCGUACUAAGAUCUUGAUGACAUUGUGCUGUAUUGGUUACUACGGUUCACAAAGCCGCACUGAGACCUUGAUGCUUUGUUGGUUUUCUUUGUAAGGAUCUUGGUUGAGUUAUUAGCGUCUGUGUGAAAGAAAUUUCGAGACAGUUGUUUCCUUGUGAAGACUUUUAAAAAAUGUAGUAUGGGUUUCUGUACACUAGUGGAGUUUUCGCCACUUACUGGUUUUUAUCAGUCGAGUAGUUUCUUCAGAGUAUACCAGAUUAUAUGAUGAAUCAAAC